GCAGGGAGGCUUAGUGGCUCUGCUCAGUCUCCUCGGCAUGGGGCCUGACUGCUGAGGGAGAGAGCUGUGAGGGAGCUUUAACUCCCAGGACAAACAGAGGGGAGAGGAGUGAACACAACAGUGGAGCUGCACGUCUGUACACCCGGACACCCAGAGAAAACCCUACCAAGGGGCAUGCCUAAGAAUCCGGCUGUUUUCUGUCAUUAAGACCUACUGGAUCCAACCAGGAAGGUAAAAGCAGAGGCCAAACUGCUGCACUGGAAGCCACUUAAUGCAACACGAUCCUAGGGGACUCUAAAAAUAUCAGCCAUCAGGAACGCACGGACUCGCUCUGGUCACCUAAUUGGCCAAACAUGCAUUUUAUUUAAUCUCUCUUUAAUUGGACUUGUUCAAGGAUGUAAGAAACCUAUUCUGAAACUCUUGCUUGCAAACAUUCUUAAGGCAAUCUACUGAUGACCUUCACUUGCCUGAGGCCUUUCUAGAAAGAAUUUAUUUAUACAUUUAGCAGUUUCAUGGGCUGCUUAUGGUUCUUUAAAUAUCUAAGGAGUCAUUUUGAAACUCAGGAGUUGCUGUCAACAAGUUGCCAUUACUGAAGCUUUGAUUGGAGAGAGAUCUUUGUGUGUGAUUUCCAGUCCAACUUUUGAAAGGCUUUUCCAACAUUAAAAUGGCAAAUUUUGAAACGGAUGAUUGAAAGUUUCCAAGUGAAUCAUAAGGUUUAGUUUACAAAUCAGACCAUCCAUCCAGUCAAGCCAGUGCAGACGUUUGUGAGGAAAGCUUGCCUUCUGCUGAGUCAUGCGGAAAGCUGAGGUGCAGAUGACCCUGAAGAAGGGUGCAGAAGAUGGAUGUGGGGGGAUGACACCCCCAAGCCCACGGAUACCCACCAAACGGGCUAAAGUUCACCCUGACCAGGUUGUGCCUGAUCCAAGCUCCAUCUAUCCCACGCCCACACCCCCUAUCUUCAUCCGUAAGAUGCGUAAUGCUGCUGUAGGCACAGGCUGUGACAUCCGCCUCAAGGUGGCUUUGGCUGGUGACCCACAGCCCUCACUCUACUGGUACCACAAUGAUGAGAUCCUCAGCAUGGAUAACCAGGAGUAUGGAGGCCUGUGGAUCCGCGACUGCAAGCCUUCUGAUGCAGGCCUCUACACCUGCAUUGCUACUAACUACCUGGGGGAAGCCAGGAGCAGUGCUGUCCUCGCUGUACUGGACCUGGGAGAAGACUCUGAAACCACAGAGGACGAAGCAGGCGAUCCUCAGAUGGAAACCAAAGAAGGCGUCAGAGGCGCUCCAGACGAGACCUCCCGGCAUGUUCCUGCAGGUGAGAGGAUGAUAGACGUGACACCAGAUGCGAGCGGCCACUGGGCAUCUGGUGAAAACACAGUGGUCGAGAGAGAGGCACUGUCCCUGGGAUCAAGAGCACCAGGGCCACAGCCCGCCAGGAGCCAGUCUGAGGAAGUUUUGAGGGAAUCUCCCCCACAAGUUCUCCCACCCCCCUCCCCCAAAAUUGCCCGUUCAUCCACCUCUCCCAUGCUCGGUCGCGCUGGUUCAGGCCCCCCCACGCCCCUCACUCCCCGCAAGAAAGCCAUCGUGCCGAGUGAAUAUCAGGACACGGUACCUGGAGAGUUUGAAGAGAAGAUCAAGCAACCCAAAUCCUCAGCCAUGUCCCAAAGCAGUGCACAGGACUCACGACCCCAGACUCCUGUCAGUGAGUACUCCCGGAAGGACCUGACUUCCCGUCCUUCGCCCAAGCUCACACGUGCUAGCUCUAAGAUCUUUGAAAAGGUGCGUGUUUUUGAAGAGCGGAGAAGGAGCAUCGACAACCCCGAGGGCUCCAUCUCAGGACGCUCUUGGGCUGGAUUUCACAGAGCCCCUUCCAUAGACUCCGAUGAUGGAGGAAGCCGCCUGGGAAUCUCAAGGGAGAGCUCCAAAGAGGACCUCCAUGAAGCUUUGAAGGCAGAUGCAGAACAAAGGAGGUCUAUGUUCCGGCAGAGGGCUGCCUCUCUGGAGGACAGACCUCGCUAUUCUCAGAAGGUACAGGACAUUGAAAACAAGUUCACAGAGGAACUUCAGCGCAUUAAAAAGCUUGUGGGAAAACCCCACAUGAAGAAGUCUUUCUCCACUGAACAGCUGUCCACCUGCCACAGGAACAGGCAACCUGUGAGGAAACUGGAGCCCAUCCCACCUCAGGUGCUCCAAAAGCUGCAAGACAGGGAGCGUGCUGAGCAAGAGAGAAGCAAGAGAGAACGAGCCAGGGAAUCUCCCCCACCAAAAUCACCCCAGGUUCAAGCAAUGCGGCAGACCCAGCAACAGCAGUCACUUUUACAGGAGCAGGUAGUUCGAGAGCGAUCUCCUGUCACAACAAAAACAGCAAGCCGAACGGCAAGAGAAUCAUCCCCCUUAGAGGCAAUGCCCGCAUCUGAGUUACCUGGACAAAGGUCUCCAAGACUAAUACGCGGACCUAGUCCGAUUAGAGAGAGCCCACAAAGGUCUCCAACUGUAGAGGUCACCUCCAUGGUUGAGGAUCGCCCGCGGUCCCCUCGCAAAAUGAGGGCAGAGUCUCCUUCCAGAAAUGUCCUGGAGAUGGCACUGCGCAAGGUGGAGCAGAGGCCUGCAAGCCCACUUGUGAAGAGGGUGACCCAUGUCCAAGAGGCAGCACCGGUCCACUCUGAGGAUGAGCCUAUCCAACGAAAAACACCACUAGAGCUCACACUGCGAAAGCUGGAGAGAAGACCUGAAAGUCCUUUGGUGCAAGGGGAUGUGCUGGCAAUGCAAGCGCAUCCCAUCCAGGCACCUUCCAAGCCACUGAGGAUUUUAUUAUCCGCCUCUGAAGAGGAGCAAAUGAAGGUCAGUGUGACUCCUCCAGUUACAUCCCAGAAGCUCACCAUCCCUCAAAUUGUUGUUGAAGAGGAGCCCAUGGAGACAGAAGCCCCUGCAGCUCCACGGAGUGAUAAAGUAAGAAAAAGCCCUGAGGCCAAGGAAGAAAAACCACCGAGAACGAGAGGGAGGGGACGUAGACAAAGACCCAUGUCCCCUGAAUUAGAAUCUUCAGAUGACUCAUACGUGUCAGCAGAAGAGGACCCUCUGGAGCCCCCAGUGUUCGAGUUUCCACUUCAGGACACAGUAGCGUCCUCUGGAGUUGAAGUGCUGCUGAAAUGUAUCAUCGCUGGUAAUCCUCUCCCUGAAGUGACAUGGCAGCGGGACAAUGUGGAAAUAAAGAACAGUCCCACCCAUGUGGUCAAAGUGGAGGGAGAGAGGCACUCUUUGCAUAUCAAAUGGACAAAGCCCAGUGAUGCUGGCACGUACACCAUAACAGCUGCCAAUGAGGUAGGCAAGGCUUCCUGCAGUGCCACUCUCUUCAUCAAGCCAGAACCCAGCCAAGACCCAAGGGGCAACCUUGGUGUGCCUAUGGACGUUAGCAGCCCCAUCACAUCUGAUGAGGAAUACCUCAGCCCUCUGGAGGAGGCCGUGGACUUUGGUGGGACUUCUUACCUGGGCCCCGAACCACGGAAGAUCAUUGACACUCGAUUCAAGGAGGCUCCUGCUUUUCAGACUCCUCUCAGAGAUCAGACCGUCAUAGAGGGACAAGAAGUGAUCAUGUCUGUGCGAAUGAGUGGGCAACCCAAACCAAUGCUCUAUUGGUUGAGGGACAGAGUGACCAUAAAAUCAGGCCCUCGGCACAUCGUCUGUGAGACAGGGGAUGGCAACUGUGAGAUGAUAAUUAAAUCUGCCCUGAAGUCCGACACUGGUCUGUACACCUGCAAGAUCAUCAAUGAGUAUGGCACCAAGCAGUGUGAGGGCAAGCUAGAUGUUAAAGCCUCUCCCCUGGAGCCAGGCUUGGCCAUCAUGCGGCCUCUCAGAGAUGUUACUGUGACAGCUGGGGAGACAGCACUGUUCGAGUGUCACAUGGUCGGCCCACAGGAUGUGGAUGUGGACUGGCUCUCUGAUGGAAAACUCAUUCAGCCUGCCCUGCUCAACUGUAAGAUGCACUUUGAUGGCAAGAGGUGCAGGUUACUGCUCAACUCCGUGCAUGAGGAUGAUAGUGGCACUUACACCUGCAAACUGAGCACAGCCAAAGAGGAACUGACCUCCUGUGCCAAACUGAAGGUCCUUCCAUCUGUAGAGCCACUCUUCACUCGAAAGCUAGACAUGCUGGAAGUCAUCGAGGGCCGAAAUGCACGCUUUGACUGCAAGGUCAGCGGAACGCCACCACCCAAGGUUACCUGGAGCCACUUCGACCACCCUCUGGUGGAGAGUGAGGACAUUCGCAUCCUAAAGGAAGGUGGCCGUCACUCUCUGGUCAUCUCUCAUGUCAGCAGCGAGGAUGAGGGCUUCUAUACGGUGGUGGCCCAAAACCAGCAUGGCAAGGCAGACUGUUCAGCUGAGCUGUAUGUGCAGGAACCACGGCCAGCAAUCUCCUCGCAGAUGGCAAAGUUAGAGAAGAUGCCCUCCAUCCCAGAGGAGCCGGAGGUGCCUGAGAGCGAGGUGGAACGCUUCACCAUGCCUGACUUCGUCAAGCCGCUGUACGACCUGGAUGUGCUCGAGGGCAAAGAGGCCAUCCUGAAGUGCAAGGUGGCCGGGCUGCCGUACCCCACCAUCGCCUGGUUCCACAAUGGCAAAAAGAUCGACAGCACCGAGGACAGGAAGAUGACACAGUUCAGAGACAUCCACAGCCUGGUCAUCCGGUCCGUGUGUCACGCUCAUGGUGGCGUCUACAAAAGCGUAAUUUCGAACAAGGUUGGCAAAGCCACCUGUUAUGCCCAUCUCUAUGUGACAGACGUUCUUCCAGAUUCGCCAGAUGGAGCUCCGGUAAUAGAGUCUAUCACUGGCAAGACCAUCACACUCAGCUGGAAGAAGCCCAAAAGGCUAGACCCCUCCAUUGACCCAAGUACCUUGAUGUACGCUGUCCAGCAGCAGGCUUUGGGCUCCAUCCAGUGGAACAUAAUUGCCUCCAGCCUGAAGCAGACUUCCUAUACAAUCACCUCACUGUCCAAGGACAUUCGCUAUGCCUUCAGGGUCCUGACAAUCACAAGCAAAGCAUUCAGUAAACCAUCUCCUGCCACAGAUCCAGUGCAACUCAUAGACAGAGGUCCUUAUCUCCAGGAGGCCCCAGUCAUUGUCGACAAACCAGAUGUGGUGUAUGUGGUAGAGAAUCAGUCAGUCAGCAUCACAGUCACUAUCAACCAUGUCAAUGCAAAUGUCAUCUGGAAGAGGAGAGGAGUGACCCUGUCCAACAGACCUGGACUCUUUGAGAUGAGCAUGCCUGAUGAUGACCAGCACACACUGAAACUGUGCAAGGUGAAGGGUGCUGACGUGGGCCUACUCACCUUCACCGCCAGCAACUUGUAUGGGACCGACUCCUGCCUCCUUACACUGGAGAUGGCAGUGGCUCCAACAUUUGAAUCCAUAAUGGAAGAUCUAGAUGUAAGCAUGGGAGAAACUCCUCGUUUUGCUGUGGUGGUUGAUGGGAAGCCCAUUCCAGACAUCCUAUGGUACAAGAAUGAUGUCCUCCUGUCAGAGAAUAGCCACUUUACAUUUGUGUAUGAUGAUAAUGAGUGCUCUCUGCUAGUGCUCAACACUCAGCUAGAGGACUCUGGGGUGUACACCUGCACAGCGAGAAAUCUGGCUGGAUCUGUUUCCUGCAAGGCAGAGCUCACCGUCAAUGCCUCCAAUCAGGAGAAGGAUUACCCAAUGGAGGAUGAGGAGUCUAUCCUAAGGAGGAUGCGAAGGCUCACCGAUUACUAUGACGUGCAUAAGGAGAUUGGGAGAGGAGCCUUUUCAUAUGUAAAACGCAUAACACACAAGGUGGGAAAGAGGGAAUAUGCAGCCAAGUACAUCUCAGCUCGAGCCAAGAGAAAGGCCUCAGCCCUCAGGGAGUUGAACAUCUUGUCUCACCUUGACCACGAGAGGAUAGUAUACUUCCAUGAUGCCUUCGAGAAGAAGAAUGCUGUGAUCAUCAUCACAGAGAUAUGUCAUGAGGAGCUUCUGGAAAGGCUAACAAAGAAAUCAGCUGUGUUAGAAGCAGAGAUUCGCUCCAGCAUUAGACAACUGUUGGAGGGAAUUAGUUAUCUUCAUCAAAAUGACAUAUUGCAUUUGGAUAUCAAGCCCGAUAACAUCCUCAUGGCUGACCAUCCCAGCGAUCAAAUUCGUAUUUGUGAUUUUGGGAAUGCGGUGAAGCUAACACCAGAUGAAGCACAGUACUGCAAAUACGGCACGCCAGAAUUUAUCGCCCCAGAGAUUGUUAACCAGACACCAGUCUCCAAGGCAACGGACAUUUGGUCUGUUGGUGUCUUGACCUAUCUAUGUCUCACCGGAGUAUCUCCAUUUGCGGGGGAAAAUGACAGAAGCUCUGUUCUCAACAUCAGAAAUUACAAUGUGGCCUUUGAGGAGAGCAUGUUUGUUGACCUUUGUCAUGAAGCAAAGGGAUUUGUCAUUAAAUUGCUAGUUGCAGACAGACUGAGACCAGAUGCCAAUGAUUGUCUUCGUCAUCCCUGGUUCAAGAUCUUAAAUAAGGGAAAGACCAUAAACACAGAGUCCCUAAAAAAAUUCUUGUUAAGAAGAAAAUGGCAGCGAUCUCUUAUCAGCUACAAAUCCAAAAUGGUGAUGAGAUCAAUUCCUGAGUUGUUGGACGAGUCUUCUAGCCAUAUCUCUAUUGCUGUCCCACGACAUCUAAAAGAGGGAUCACCACCACCCUCUUCUUCAUCAGAUUCUGAUGAAGACAUUGAUGAAUUGCCUUUUAUCCCCAUGCCUCUUAAUAUGGAGUUCUCAGGCUCCAGAAUGUCACUGACUGAGAUUCUUGGAGAUGACACAGUGAUAGGCAAACCUGAUGGCAAUCUUGAGAAGUCAGAGUCAAGCCCUCAAAAGUUGGAAUCUAUGGAGUGUGAACCACCAGCAAAUGCUGGUGAUGCUGCUGCAAGAGGUCGGGCCAGGAAGCGGUCAACACAAGAUGAUGACAAAGGCUCCUCUGAUGAGGAACCAGGGGAAUUAGCCAAGAGGGCAGAACAGACAAAGAAGCCCCUUCGUAGAGGCUCAAGUAUGGAGUCUGAAAAGCCUGAGGAAUCUUGUCGUAGAGGUGAGCUUCGUAGAGGCAGCUCAGCAGAUAGUGCUCUGCAACUCCACAUCAAGCCAGAAGAGGGUGCUGAGGAACGUACUAUAGAUGGUAGAAGAGUCCUUAAAAAGUCCACAUCAAUGGAGUUGCCUCGGAGGAGCCCAAGCCCAGGAGCUGCCAAAAUGAGCCAGGAGGAUUAUGCCUUGAAACUGGAGUUGAUGAGACAAAGGCUUCUCAGAGGAGGUUCUGUGGACAACAAGAUGAGCGGUCUUCGUGGCCCCCUGUUGGAGACACUGGGCAUGGGAGAUGAGAAGAACUUUAUGCGUGGGCCUCGUCUAGGCAAUCCUCCAUUGGUUCGAGCAGCAUCCAGUGACUCGCCAAGGGAUGACAUCCCAAAGACCAAAGUGCUCCGUAAAAGUGCUUCCUUUAGCCAGGGUGAUGCUGAGCCCAUGCCCCUACACCGUCGGAUUGGGGCUCCUCUGGAGAUCCCUCUAGCCCAGAUAGAGGAAAGACGGUUGCAGGAAGCUGUUUCCAUGUCUGCUCUUGCAGAGCAAGUCAAGCAAGAUCCCCACCCUAUUACUCUCAAGCAACUCACUCCUGAACCAAAGAGAUAUGAGACAAAGAUAAAUUCAGUUGAGAAGGAAUCUUCACCUGUCAGAGAGAUUAAGCAUGAGGAAAUUCUAGUAAAACAAGCAGACAUCUCCACUGUGGAGAAAGAUGAAAAUCAGUCCAAUGAAACUGGUGUGGAAAAUAAGGAUUUGAGCAUAUUACAGCAAUCGGCCAAAGAAGCUAAAAUGGUCCCCCAAGGUAGAUCAACAUCUGCAAUAGUGUCCAGAGUGGUAUUGGAGGAGAAAAUUGAAGAGGAGGAGGAGGAAGAAGAAGAAGAAAAGGAACCAGUUAAAAAACAUUUUAUAGAAAAGGAACCUAAGAUUCCUAAGAUGGAGGUCAAAGAAGUUGAUGAAGAGGAGAGCACACCAGGUACAUCUUCAGAGAUCAUGUCCACUAGUCCCACUGCAGUCACCAGUCCAAAGGAAUCUGCCAGGGGUACUCAAAAUGUUUCUUCAACCUAUGUGACCCCCAUUCCAUCUUCACGAACAGUACUUCCUGAUGGUAGAACCUCUGCUUAUGCAAGUAUCAUGCAGACCAUCGUAGUCCCAUCACUGGUACCAUCAAGCCAGCCUGCACCUGUUUCUACAUCAACAUCAAGUAUUUCACCAUCAGAUCCAUGCGUGCCUGACUAUUCACCAAUAUCUAGACAUAUUUCAGAGACAGGUCUCAUUUCCUCUCCAUCAUCUAAGACAGAUAUUCAACAAACAACUAAACAUCCUGCAGUCUUCUCUCGGGUCGCAUCAGUUGAGCAGCCAACCAAGGAACUAAGUCCACCCAAGACCCCUACACGUGGUUCCCCAAAGAGAGAGCCCUCUCCUGUAAGCCACAUCCAGGACCUUGCAUCUGAGGAGGUCUUUGAAGCUAGGUUCAAAAAACGUGAGUCCUCACUCACUCGUAGUCUAAAACUUCUUUCUUGGCAAAAGACAGAAGGAAAAUCCUCUGUAAUUACUCCUGAGGUAACUGAGGAGAUGUACCGUCCUGGACCAACUGGUGCUCCUCUGGAGUUUGUACCCAGGAGACUGGAGGAGAAGUCCAAGUCUGUUCAGGAUCUUCGUGAAGCAGAGAAAGACCCAGGUUUUAUGAGGAGACUAUCUAUGCGCCUGAAGAGGACCCCUUCAAUGGAGAGGAGAGAGGAAAAGCAAAAAGAGGAUGUUUCCAGUACCCCUCGGCGUCGUUUGUCUUGGAAUUUGGGAAGGAGAGGGUCACAAGACAAAAAAGAAGUGGAGAUGAUGAGACUGGAUGGAGGUCCAGAGACACCCCCAGAACCAGAGUCCAAGAAACAAUCUGAGUCCCCUGUCCUGGCAAUGCGCAGAAAGAUAGGUAACACAAUGGCCGGCAUAUCAAUGAGGAUCAGGAGUCAUUCUGAUGAGAGAAAAGAUGAAAAGGAGGGCAAAGCAGAAACCAAGAGGACUCCUUUACUGUCUAUACUGCGUCGAUCCACCUCAGAGGGUGGUAGUCUGAAGAGGGUUGGCAUCCCACAGAAUCAGCUAGCAGUCCAGUCAGGCACCAGGGCGUCCUCUGAAUCUUUGGAUUCCAUGUCUAGCAUCCAGUCAGAGUCAGCUGUCAAGAGCACAGAAACAGAGCGCAGGUCACGAUGGGAUCGAUGGGGCCUGACUAGAGCUAGAAAAGAUAAGACUGUGUCCCAACCAGACAUACCCACUGCUAUUGCCAGAGAGAACGGCUCCCUUCGUUCUCGCCAGUACUCCCGUAUGACCUCUGACUUCCCGCCAGUGUUCCAUAUCAAACUGAGGGACCAUGUUCUUCUUGAGGGGGAUCCAGUCACUCUCAGCUGCCUGCCUGCUGGAAGUCCUCACCCACGUAUCACAUGGCUGAAAGAUAAAAAGCCACUUGAGAUUGACCCAAGGAUGAAUAUGAUCUCCUGCCCUGAUGGAAGGCAGCUACUCAUGAUUAUGAAGACCACCAAGAAAGACACAGGUCUAUAUGAAUGUGUAGCCACAAAUCCACUGGCCUCUGUUAGAAGCUCCUGCCAACUCUCUCUUGCCCGUCUGCCAAACCAACCAGGGACACCGGAAGUUCCUCAGAAGUACAAGAGCACAGCUCUCGUGGUGUGGCGCCCGUCAGACACCAUGGCCCCAUGCACGUACUCUCUGGAGCGGAGGACAGAGGGUGAAAGUAACUGGCUAAUUGUUACCACGGGUGUAGCUGACUGUUACUACAAUGUCACAGACCUCCCAACUGGCGGCACCUACAGGUUCAGAGUAGCUUGUGUGAAUAAGGCUGGCCAGGGACCAUACAGCAGUCUGUCUGAGGAAGUCACCCUGAAUGCAGAAGCACCUCAAAAAUCCACUGGAACAGCCAUUGUGAAGACCAUUACAGCGUCACAAGCCCCUGCAGUCAAGACAUCCACCAUGACAAUGAAGCCUAUGAAGCCUGCUGGGAGUAAACCCACAGCCAGCGUUUCUGUAGGCCAAGUAAAGGAACCUGCUGUCCCUCCGGCCCAGCCUCUCAAUCCUGUGUCUGUGCCUGUCUCCAACACUCCCACAGUCGCACCUCCAGCCACAAUCCCCUCAUACUCAACCCCCACCCAUCACAAUGUGCCAGAAUCCCAGACUUCCUCACCAUGCACCUCCACCCCAACCAAAGCUAAGACCACUCUCAAUAUCACUGUAGCCAAGCCUACUCUUACACCAGCUGCCCCUCAAAUCCAGCCUCUACCAGCCAAAUCCUCCCCUCCUGUCCUUCUCCCCAAACCACUGAGUCCUGUGAAAGUAGCUCCACCCAUGGCCCGAACUCCACCAGUUUCCCCACCCCCAUUAGUCUCUCCUCCCCCUGCCAUUGGCAAACCCAUUUCCUCUGUACCCAUGUAUGUCCCCACAACCACAACAGCACGUGGGACCCCAGUCAACCCAAAUACACCCUCUCCUGCCCUGUCUCCACCUGUAGUAUUAGUUACUAGUCUGAGUCCUGUAGGAGAAGGUUCUGGUACACCCAGCAGGAUGACUCCCACUGGAAGGGCCACACCAUCUGGGCGUUCAACCCCUACAGGACGUAGAACUCCCCUGGGAAAGCCAGGAGACUCUACCCUCCGGCAAGGGGUGCCCCAGAAACCAUAUACCUUCAUGGAUGAGAAGGCCAGAGGUCGUUUUGGUGUGAUCCGAGAAUGCAGAGAAAAUGCCUCCGGCAAUCUCUUCAUGGCCAAAAUUGUUCCAUAUGAGCCAGAAAGCAAAUCAAUUGUGCUGCAAGAGUAUGAGAUCCUCAAGUCUCUGCAUCAUGAAAAGAUCAUGGCCCUCCACGAGGCCUACGUCACCCCACGUUACCUGGUGCUCAUCUCAGAGUGCUGUGCAGGCAAAGAGAUCCUCUACAGUCUGAUUGACAGGUUCCGCUACUCAGAGGAUGAUGUGGUUGCCUACAUUGUGCAGCUGCUGCAGGGCCUGGACUAUCUGCACAACAGGAGAAUCCUGCACCUGGACAUUAAGCCAGACAACAUCAUCGUCACCUACAUGAACAUAGUCAAGAUCAUUGACUUUGGCAGUGCUCAGACUUUCAACCCUCUCUUUCUGAAGCAGUUCAGUCCUCCUAUAGGAACCCUGGAGUAUAUGUCUCCUGAGAUGUUGAAAGGGGAUGUAGUGGGUCCUCCAGCUGACAUCUGGAGUGUUGGUGUUCUGACCUACAUCAUGCUCAGUGGAAGGUUGCCAUUCAUAGAGAAUGACCCAGCAGAGACGGAGGCCAGAAUCCAGGCAGCCAAGUUUGACCUCAGCAAGCUCUACCAAAACGUGUCCCAAAGUGCCUCUCUGUUCCUUAAGAAGAUCCUGUGCACCUACCCUUGGGCACGUCCCUCUAUCAAGGACUGCUUCAACAACUCUUGGCUCCAGGAUGCGUACCUGAUGCGUCUACGUCGGCAAACCCUCACUUUUACCACCACACGCCUCAAAGAGUUCCUGAACCAGCAGCAGCAGAUCAGGGUUCAGAUGGCUACAAAACACAAAGUCCUCCUGCGCUCUUACCAGAGCUCCACCCAAACUCCAAGCACAUCCACCUCACCCUCCUCACCCAGCACGCCAUCCACCCCCUCCACCCCCUCUACUCCCUCCACACCUGUCACCCAGUGAGCUAACCUCUGCUCUCACAGACGGACAUUAUAUGGGAGGAGAGCUCUGCGGUGUCAAAGGGGAAGGACAGAGAGGCACAUCCCUAGGGUCGCUCACUGUAACCAGGGUGAGACCUGGCUGGGCAGUGGCUGGAUCACAAGGGGCCUGGUACUACGUAGUGUGUGACCACACCAGGCCCAGGCUCAGCACAAGUGGCCCAAUUCUGUGAAGAGUCAAACAUACCCAUAGUCAGACCUAAAGAAGAAAAACCAGUCUUUAUCAGACUUAAAAAUACAAACACAUACACACACAGAAACAGAGGCUUCACUUUUCUUCACAGACACAUCAGAGCUUAAUGCAUUACCCUGUCAGCUGUAGCCUGCAUGCUUAGCACUGCUGUGAUCAUUGUCUUGCUUCUAGCUCCACCCUGUUCUUUGCUCCACCCGUGUUUCUUGCUCCACCCUAUGUCUCCAUCUUCUCCUGUCCAUGACUGUUUGAUAAAGGAUAACAAGUUAUUCUCUACAUCAUGUGGAGCCCUCACACAGAGCAUAUAAUUUAACGAAAACAUGAAGGUGUACAGCAUAUUUUUUUUUCAAAUUAAUGUAAACCUGUGCUGUUUCACUAUAAUGACACUGGGGCCUUGAUACUUUGGAGAGGAAAAUGUGUAUAUCCUGUUUUUCUGCUAGUUUUUAUGAGAUUAUUGACACUUUUCUUACAGGUAGUUGUUAUACAGUAAUCAUGAGUAUAUAUUGAAGGUUAGAAAAUAAUGCUGAACAUUCAAGCUAUUCUUACUGUAGUGCAACUCGAUGUUUUACAACCAGCUUGAGUUUUGUCUUUUAUAGACUUUUAUGGCAAAAAUUGGAUCUUACUCAGUAGCUUGACACCAGAGAAAUAAUUUAAAUGUUUAAAACCAGUAGCUUUCCAAGGUCAGGCAACUUAUUGCACAAAUGCCCAGUCUUUGAAAGAACACAGCUUUUUGUCUUUCCAACCCACUGUGGAAAUUUCAGAUCACACAACUCAUUUUGUUUUAUUUAUUUUUAUUUUGGGGUAUUAGAAGUGGCCUUUGCAUUUAAAAUCCAGAAUGCAUUAUACAUCAUGGACACAGACACACAGAAUGUAUUAUAUAUCACAGACAGAAGUCUUUGUGACUUUUUUUAUUAUAUUAAUUUUUCUUUAAAUCUUUUGAAUGCUUAUCCCUGCACUCUGGUGACGUGACAAGCAUGCUACUAAUACAAAUAUUCCCUUUAUAGAACAAAUAGAAUAAAAUGUACUACCUAUGGCAGCAAAAGGAGGCAUUGUGGUGUUAUUCCUUAUCUUAAAUAACAAAAAAGUUUUACUUACAUUUUAUGUGUGUUAUUUAUGGUUAUUUUGUUGGGGUAGUCACAGAGAAAAGUUUUACUUGCUUCUAUAUGGAAGCUACUGUGUAAUUCUAAAAUCAGUAUACAGAUAAGAAGGACAGUGAGAACAUUAAACAAUGCUCAAAUCUGACACCCAAAGUUUGGCUUUUCUUGUGUUUAGGUUAUGUGACACAUUUCUGAUGGAAGCACAUUCAUCUUAAGACCAGCAAUGAGUGUGCUGCCCACUCAUGGUGUAGUGUCCUAAAUCCUGAUUCAGUGGAGAGGCUAUUUAGUCCAGCUGUAGGAAAUUCCACUUUUGCACACACAACUUCAAAUUAAAGAAAAGAAAGGUUCAGCAGAGAUAGAGUGGCUA